CGAACGCAUUCCUGACCACCGUUCAAAAUAACGAAAUAAUCAAAAUCCAUAGAUCAAAAACAAAAAUAUACAUAUUUGUGAAAAGUUCUUCAUGAAACGGAAGCCAAAAGCCAAAUUUUUCUCAGUUAUAAUAAAAAAGUGUAAGCACACUAUGAGCACAGUUUGUAUCAUAAAUUCAUCAUGAUACUGUUUCCAGAGGAAAUAUUGAAGACGCAAAUAUGUUCUUGCUGCAAACAGUACCUUUCAUAUGGUCCUAUCAAAGUUUCUAUCUCAGAAGGAGUGAAAUGUGGAAGAUGUUUAAAGGAUGAAGAAGAAACAACUCCUACGCUGCUAAAUAAUAUUAUCAAGAACGUAAUUUUUCCAUGUGUGAAUCGUUUUGAUGGCUGCAAUGAACUUCUUAAAUGCGAAGAUGUGCCACAACAUGAAAAUGUCUGUACGGGUAGUUUACAUUUAUGCCCAAUUUGUGUCAAACAUUCCAACAACCAACUGGUGGAAUAUUCAUUUUUGUCUUUGAUUCAUCAUUAUCGGAUAUUGCAUAACAAAUAUUAUCUGACAAACCCUCUGCUUUCUAUUAGUACAAGGUCUGCCAAAGAAUCUAAUUAUCUUUACUGCAAUGAAUAUAAAAACAUCUUGGCAUUUAUUAAUGUUGAAAUUGUCGCCGGACAGCCAUAUGUAAAGAUUAUUGCAUUGGGUAAUAAUAAAAAUAAAAUAAAUUGCAGCUUCAAUUGCCAUAACGUUAUCGGCGAUGUUGUUGUUAGGCAAUCUUCAUCAAGGACAUCAGCUGGAGAGUUUCAUUUUGAAUUAUUAUCAGCAGCCAACUCUGAUAAUGGUUUAGAAAAAAUCUCUCUCGAAUUAGAACUUUCCCAGUUAAGUAUUACCACUCCAUUUAUCAGUUUGGAGGAAUCAAAAAUCAACCCGGAAGACUUCAAAUAUUCUGGCGAACCUUAUGAUGACUUUAUGCUGAAACGGUUUCCUGAUUUUUCCUUAGAGUAUGAUGGAUAUAAAUUCGAAAAAAUUCAGAGAGAUACCAUUUAUGGAAAAAUCCAUGUUUUAUUGAAUCAGGAUACAGAAUGGCAAGUAAUAUGCAAGUUUUGUGAAAAUUAUUUCUCCUUGUCGGAUACUUUUUGUCGCCAUUCUGGUAACUGCAAUAUUGAUAUUUGCAUACCUUGUUAUAAGAAAGGCGUAAAAUAUUGCCAGAGUUGUUCAGCUGGAGACUGUUUACAGAUUCGAUCCACUAUAUUUCAGAAAAUGUCGAAUGUAAUCAUUUAUUGUAGAUACCAAUGUGGCAUAGGAUUUGGGGAUAAUGCAUUAUUUGAUCAUGAAAAAGCUUGCUCUCAUAAUCUGAAAGCUGGCUUUUCUGAUUCUCAAUUCGCUGAAUUCUACUUUGGCCAUUUUUUUAUUGAAAGCUCCGAUAAAUUUAAAUCUAUUGUAAUUCGCCAUGACAAUAGGGUUACCUUGAUUACCUUUGAAAUGUAUUUUCUUUGGCCCCAUCAGGGACGAAUCUACAUGGUAACUGAUUCAGGAUUCUGCUGCAUUAUAUUUUAUAAGAUUGGCAAAUCCGACAUUCAUUUUUCGGUGGCCCAUAAAUAUCCUUUGGAUAAAUAUUAUACUUUAUUUAAGAUAGUAGACAAUGAAAACGAAUCAUUUCGAGAAGAAGAAGAUAGUUUUAAAGUGAGUUUGCAAACUGAAAAAUUCUUCUUUGUUGUUGCUCCAAGAGAAUGUCCAACUUCAGAAUAACCAUUUAAAAAAGACCCCACAAUACUUUUUUUUUUUCAAAUAAAUCACAUAAAAACUAUUUCACAAACAUUUGAAUGCCAAUAUGAGUAAUUUUCUACCAAUGGGUGAAUAAAAACGAAGUACUUGCAACUAAGUACUACAAGUAUUAGUAUAUUCUAUUAUUCUACGUAGUAUUUAUUUCAAAAAAAGCAUUCACUAAUUUUCACUGGUUUCGAAAUGUAGUAUCUACUUCGUUUUGAAGUAAAUACUACAGAGAAUCUACUAAUAAAUGUAGUAGUACUAGAUACUUCGUUUCUAUUCAUACCACCCAAUAUCUCUUUCUCAUUGCAUGCCAAAGAUUUGUUGGAUUUUGGUCAAGAAAAAAACAUAAAAUUUCCGGAUGUGACUAAUCUGUGAUUUAUAAUAGGAAGUAGUCCUUAAUAACUUUUACAAUUGUCACCUUUCACAAGUGAAAAUGGAAUGCCAAUAAAAAUUAGGUGUAUUUUUUAUUGAAUUAUGAAUUUUU